AUGGAAACGGAUCUUCUUCUAGCUGUUGUCAUGUGUGUGACGGCCCUGAUCGCCGCUUGGUGGUUCCACCUGCUCCUCAAAUGGAGCAGCGGCGGCCAUCGACGCCGACGGUGCGAGCUCACGCUGCCACCUGGCUCGAUGGGCCUUCCUCUCCUUGGGGAGUCCCUUGAGUUCUUCGCCCGGAUCCCAUCGCUUCAGGUUGUGCCCUUCUUCAAGAGACGACUGGAGAGGUAUGGUCCUGUUUUCAAGACCAACUUGAUAGGCAAAGACAUGAUCGUAUCCCUUGACCCUGAGCUCAACAGCUACGUGCUCAAGCAAGACAACAGGGCCUUCCAAAUCUGGUACCCGGAGUCACUCAAGCGGAUCCUCGGUGCCGUUCUCGAGGUCACAUCCUCCGAGUCCUUGCACAAGCGCAUGAGGACCAUGGUCCUCCGUGUCUUUGGCCCAGAAAACCUCAGGCUGGUGCUGCUCCGUGAUGUGCAGGGAGCUGCUCGCAGCAACCUCAGCUCGUGGGCUGAUAGGCCAAGCAUUGAGCUCAAAGAGGCUGUCUCAAGUAUGAUAUUCAGUGUUACUGCAAAAUUGCUGAUCAACUACGAUGCGUCCACGUCAUCAGCAGGAGAGCUGUGGAAACAUUAUGAUGCAUUCACCAACGGACUAAUGUCAUUUCCAGUGAACAUCCCUGGAACAGCGUUUUAUAAAUGUCUAGAGGGACGCAAGAAUAUAAUGGAGGCUUUGAAACACAUGCUUGAUGAGAGGAAGAAGGCAGCAGAAAGGCGAGAAACGAUGGAUUUCUUGGAUCUUGUGGUUGAUGAGUUAAAGGAGAAGCCUGUGCUAGACGAGGACUUUUGUUUGGAUGUAUUGUUUGGGCUGCUCUUUGCUAGUAUCCAUACGACAUCAACCGCACUAACUGCAGCACUCAAGUUUCUGACAGACAACCCUAAAGCACUACAAGAACUAGCAGAGGAAAAUGAGCAUAUCAGCAAAGGAAGGGUCGGUGCCAGUUCAGAAAUCACAUGGGAAGAAUACAAGUCCAUGAAAUUCACCUCUAAUGUUAUACACGAAUCACUAAGGCUAGCCAACAUCGCCCCCAUGUUAUUCAGGAAAGCAAACCAAGAUGUUCACAUGAAAGGCUACACUAUUCCAGAGGGAUGGACAGUAAUGAUUUGCCCCCUGGAAACUCAUCUGAAUCCAAUUACUUAUACAGACCCCAACAUAUUCAAUCCAUGGAGAUGGAAGGAUAUUUCCGAGCCUAUUGGAGGCUCCAAGGAUUUUCUUGUCUUUGGAUUGGGACUGAGGUACUGUCUUGGUGCUGACUUUGCAAAGCUUCAGAUUGCGACGUUCCUCCACUGCUUAGUUACUAAUUACAGGUGGGAAGUGGUCAGUGGAGGGGACAUGGUGCUUUCUCCCGCACUUUCAUUUCCUAAUGGCUUUCAUGUGAAACUUAUAAAAAAACUUGAAUUUGUUAUGAGACACUACAAAUAAGUCCUGAUUAAAAUGGAACUUUCUCGAUUAUGCAAACAAGAGAGAAUUCAUGUAGGUUUGAUGGUUGUGCCGAGCCUUAGCUCGAUGUUGGAUUAUAUAUAGUAUAAGGUUUGGAGUCUUCAAGAGAUGACAUGGUAUGCAUUACAUGACUGGUUACAAAUUGUAAACUAUCGAAUCUGAAGGUACCAAUAAAUUGUGCUUAAUUGGUUUUU